AUGGCUCGCCAAAUGUUCGCGGAGCAGGGCGGCCAGUUUGCCGAUGCACAGGUCGGCGCCCUGCUUUCCUCCUUGAACAUUGAUCCCACCACCCUGCCCCCCUCCCUGGGUCAAGCCAGCUGGGACAACAUCUACUCUGGUGCCGCUGGGCCUCAGGCGGGCUUGACAGACCAUGCCGCCAACCAAGCCAUGAUGCAUGGGCAGCAGCCCGGUGCCUGGGUGGACGACUUUGCGCGGCUGCAGGUCGCGGACGGCACCCAGUCCGGCGGCUGGGCCGGCGAGUUCUCGGCGCGGCAGGGCGCCGCCCAGCCAGCUGCGGAGGCCUGGGCCGGCGAAUUCGCGGGCGAGGUGCCGGCGUCCGCCUGGGUGGACGACUUCCAGAGCGCCGGGGUGGCGCAGCGGGAGGGCCGGUCCGAGGUGGAAGCUGUGGAGCAGUCGCGCAGGCUGGCCGACACGCUGGCAGCCAACAAGGACCCCAAGUUCCAGAACAGCCAGUUCCUGAAAUUCAUCUCCAAGAUGAGCCGGGGCGAGGUCAUCCUGGAGGGCAACAAGGCCACGGAGGUCACCCCCGCCGCCUCCGAGUGGACGCGGGAGUUCACGGCCGAUGCCGCGGCGCCCUCCGCCGCGCACGGGCCCUCCCCCUGGGGCGAGGAGUUCGCCUUUUUCCAGGCCCGGGCGGCGGGCACGGGGGGCGACUGGGCCGACGCCUUUGCCGAGGGCGUGGCGGGUGAGUGGGCGAGCGAGUUCGCCGGGCCCCAGACCGAGGACUGGCAGGCGGAGUACGACGCCGAGCUGGAGCGCCUGCACGGCGCCCAGGCGCCAUCAGCUCAUGGGGGUUACGUAAUGGCCGAGAACAACCCCUUCCUGAGCGACACCGACUCCAUGGCCAAGGGCUGGGACCUGUUCAAGCGGGGUGUGCUGACGGAGGCGGUGCUGGCGCUGGAGGCCGAGUGCCAGCGCUCGCCCAACAACGCCGAGGCCUGGCGCCUGCUGGGCAACGUCCAGGCCGAGAACGACGACGACCAGCAGGCCAUCGCCGCCAUGAACAGGGCGCUGGCCAUCGACCCCUCCAACCUGGAAACCCUGCUCAGCCUGGGCGUCUCACACACCAACGAGCUGGACUCCAGCGAGGCCCUGCAGUACCUGGGACAGUGGGUGUCGCGCCACCCGACGCACGCCCCCGUCGUCGCCGGCAUCCAGCGGCCCGCGGAUGCCAGCCAGAGCCUGGUCCAUGUGACAUCGCUGCUGGAGGCCGCGCUGGCGGCCAACCCGCGGGACGCCGACCUGCACACCGCGCUGGGCGUGGUCCAUAACCUGGCGAGGCGGUACGACGAGGCGGUACAGGCCUUCCGCCGGGCACUGGAGUUGCGGCCCCAGGACUACUCGCUGUGGAACAAGCUGGGCGCCACGCUGGCCAACAGCAGCCAGAGCCGGGACGCGGUGCCCGCCUACCGCAAGGCGCUGGAGCUGAAGCCCAACUACAUGCGGGCCUGGACCAACAUGGGGAUCAGCUACAGCAACCUGGCCGACUAUGACGCCAGCGCGCGGUACUAUGUCCGCGCGCUGAGCCUGAACUCGCGCGCCGCGGCCGUGUGGUCCUACCUCCGCACCGCACUCAUGUGCGGCGGGCGCACCGACCUGCUCCCCGUGGCACAGGCAGAGGACAUCCAGAGGCUCUCCGCCGAGCUGCCGCUGUGA